AUGGAUAACGUAUCUUCCCAGUCUAGUAGCUGUAUCAAGUCUAAAAUAAUUUGGCGCCCGUUACUUCCAAAUAUUCAAUGCACACAAGUGCCACUCACCAAUGUACCCUCAGUAUUAGACUUAUACACAUUUGAUGUGGUAUCGUCUGGAGGUGGUGCUCUUAGUGAAGGCUAUGAAAUUUUGCCACAGGAUCGUACAAAUAAGGGUCGGUUACGUGAAGGAGAUAUCAAAACUAUUACGCUCAUAGGCGAACAUGCAAAACAAUUAUCUAAUUCAAUGUUUGCAUACACAGAGUAUCUUGGAUGUUCUUUGCGGAAUGGGUGCCGCAAAGGCAAAUGUGGUUGGAAAGGUCGUAUUGUAGUUCCUCGGGACAAACCACUUAACUUAUGUAACAUUGAAUAUCACGGAA